UAUCCAAUACCUUGUACCCGACAUUUGUAAUGUAUUCUACCUGUCAAUAAAGAUACUUUGAUUAACUCGUAAUUAGCUUACAUGGUGUCAGAAAGAAAAUUAAGCUAGCGAUAUUGUUCGAUAUCCAUGAUAAACACCGGUGGAAUCGCGUAAAAACAAAGCCAGCAAUGCAGAUUAGUUGUCGGUUGUGCGGUACAAGUUGGAAUAUUGAGUGGCGGCGGGAGUGAAAACGAUUAAUUUGUGAAAUAAAAUCAAACUCUACCGCGAUCCGAAAAAAUGGCGUCGUCUUCGGGCUUGAAGCCACCAAAACCGAUUGUGUUGGGAGAGAACAUGGCCGCCCAAUGGAAAAGUUGGGUUCGGCAAUAUUCGUGGUUUGCGACGGCUACGCAGCUGUCUGAAAAAUCCGACGAGGUGCAGGCAGCAACCUUCAUGAGCGCUAUAGGGGAAGAUUGUGUGCGGAUAUACGACACGUUCGGUCUGCGGCCGGACGAAGAAAAAGAUGUUGACGUGAUCAAAUCGAAAUUUGAGGAAUAUUUCACACCAAAGUCGUGCGUUACGUUCGAGCGCUAUAACUUUAAUCAAAUCGUUCAGCGAGAAGACGAACAGUUUGACAGUUUUGUAACCCGAGUAAAAGAACAAGCGAAAAAAUGCUCUUUCAGUGUGCUUCACGAUUCGCUUAUUAAAGAUCGAAUAAUUAUCGGUGUCAGAUACACAAGCCUAGUGCCGCAGCUGUUAAAUGACGAUUUAACACUGCAGAAAACGAUCGAGACGUGUCGCAAUUUUGAGUUGACAGCAAUGCAGUCUAAAGCAUUGUCUGGAGAAGCGAAGAUAGAUGUGGUGAAAACAGUGAAGAAAAAGUUGAUAAGCGCUCGAUCCGAAGAAAAGGAAGAUGUAUUUCAGUGCAGAAAGUGCGCUAAACAACUCGGCAUCAGUCUACGUCCGUCCAAAACGAAAUGGCUUGUUUCGUUUUCCAACCAUCGUUUGAAGGUCAUCGGUGAAAUUGACCCCGUGUGUCGAAUUAAGAACAAGGAUAGUCAUAUCACGUUCAAAGUAGUAGAAGAAUCAGUGGUACCGGUGCUUGGCAAAGAAACGUGUAUUUCGCAACGGUUAAUAGCUCGUGUAGAUGCGGUUUUGGAUGAGGCAGUGUACGAUGGAUUAGGUUGUGUGAAAGACUAUGUGUAUGACAUUGAUCUGAUCAAGGAUCCACAGUGGGAAGCGAGACCGGCACGACACGUUCCGCACAGCAUCAGAGCAGCUGUGAAAGAUGAACUGGAUUCAAUGGAGCGUCUUGGUGUAAUUGAGAGGAUUCACGCACCAACCCCGGUGGUCAACGCAAUGGUGCUGGUCAAACGCAAUGAAAGGAUUCGCAUCUGCAUUGACCCAUCUCAGGUAAAUCAAAAUUUAUUACGGCGGCAUCAUCCUCUCACCACAGUAGAAGAUAUAGCAACCCGAUUAAGAAAUUCGAAAUAUUUCACAAUCCUCGAUUGUAAAAAGGGAUUCUGGCAGAUUAGGGUUUCAGAAAGGACGGCAAAGUUUUUGGCUUUUGGUACUCCUUGGGGACGAUACAUCUGCAAGCGACUACCUUUCGGACUUGCCUCAGCUCCGGAGGUGUUCCAAAAAGUUAUUCACGACACACUAGAAGGUAUUGAGGGGGUGGAGGUUUCUAUGGAUGACAUCUUAAUUCAUGCGGAAAGCUCAGAAAAACUAACCAAAAUUACGGAAAAGGUUGUGAAACGACUACAUUCUGCUGGGCUGAAGUUGAACAAAGAUAAAUGCUUGUUUAAUCAAACUAGUUUGAAAUUUCUGGGUCAUAUUGUUACUGACGGUGGCUUAAAAGCGGAUCCAGAGAAAUUGGAAGCAAUAAUCAGACUCAAAUCUCCCACCAACAAAUCUGAGCUACAGAGAGCUCUAGGAAUGAUAACAUACAUGGGAAAAUUUGUGGCUAACUUGUCAGACAUAACAGCUCCUCUAAGAAGUCUGUUAGUCAAAAAUGUUGACUGGGAAUGGGGUUGCGAGCAAGAGGCUGCGUUUCAGCAAAUUAAAAAUCUCAUGCAAUCACCUCCCGUACUUAGAUAUUAUGAUCUGAAUCUACCAGUAACACUUUCGGUGGAUGCGAGUUCGCACGCCCUGGGAGCUGUUCUCCUACAACAGGGUCGCCCAGUAGCGUAUGCAUCUAAAGCUUUAACAGCUACUGAAAUGAACUAUCCCCAGAUAGAAAAAGAAGCUACUGCCAUACGAUUUGCUUGCUCAAAAUUUCACCAAUACAUAUACGGGAAGAAGCUGACAAUUGAAACCGAUCAUAAACCGUUAGAAUCAAUCUUUCGAAAGCCGUUAGAUAGAGCUCCGCCCCGUUUACGUAGAAUAAUAUUAGAAGUAGCCCAGUAUGAUCCUACAGUCGUGUAUGUCAAAGGAGCUAACAUUCCGAUCCCCGACAUAUUGAGUCGUGAUGUCGCUAACUCUUUAUCCACUAACGACAAUGAACAGCUUGAAGUUCAUGUUGUAUUGCAGAUGACCAAAACUGCCAGUGCAGAGUUGAAGCAGCACACCGAAGCGGAUCUAGAAAUGCAGUCCCUAAAGUCAGUGAUAAUGCAGGGUUGGCCGGAAACCAGAAGCGAACUGUUGCCGGAGUUGCGAAAAUACUGGGGUUUUCGAGAUGAAAUGGCUGUAUAUGAUGGGCUGAUAUUCAAGUCGAACCAAGUACUCAUUCCACAAUCGCUGAGGAAGGCUAUGCUGGAGAAGGUUCACAGUGGACACGCAGGGAUUCAAAGCUGCAUUCGCCGAGCAAGGCAAGUGCUAUUCUGGAUUGGUAUGAGUAGCAAUAUUCAGGAGAUGGUGGAAGCUUGUACAAUUUGUCAACGUCAUCAACGGAGCAAUACAAAAAAUACGAUUCUUCUGAAGGACAUUCCAGGUCUUCCAUUCGAACGGGUUGCGUCAGAUCUAUUCCAUCUGAAAGGAAAGGAGUAUCUUCUGCUCGUCGACAGCUAUUCUGGUUUUUUCGACAUGAAAUUGCUGUCGGAAACCACAUCCAAACAAGUCAUCAAUCAGUUGAAAGAAUGGUUCUCGGUUCAUGGCAUUCCUCAAGUUUUGGAAACUGACAACGGUCCACAAUAUGCUUCUGCAGAGUUUCGUCAAUUUAGUCGUCAAUGGGGGUUUGAACACCAAACGUCCAGUCCUCACUUCCCGAGAGCAAACGGGUUAGCUGAGCGAUAUGUGCAAGUAACCAAAUCCAUACUAAAGAAAUGUGCUGAAGAUCAGUCUGACAUACAUCUGGCAUUACUCAACGUGAGGAACACACCUCGUAGUAGUUCCUUACCGUCACCCAAUGAAAGACUUAUGGGCCGAUUAGUACGUUCAAACAUGCCAAUGACACUAGAAGCACUUAGACCGAGGGUGGCAGUGAAUGUUCAACAGCUUCUGGAACGCGAACGGGAGAUGCAGAAGGAUUACGCAGAUAGAGGAGGACUGGAGGCGCCGCAGUUCGCCGAGAAGGAGAAAAUUCUUAUUCAAGAUCAGUCGUCCCGAAGAUGGACCCCAGGAACAGUAGUUAAACAACUUCGAGAAAACCGUUCAUAUCUAGUAACGGAUGGCGAGAGAACUAUAAGGAGGAAUGCUCAUCAUUUGCGCAAGCUACGUGGAUCCGAUCGGGUGGAAGAAGCGGUGCAGGAGAACUCACAAAUAGAUGACGGUGUUCCUGAUGAAAUGACAGCUGAAACCAGUACCGUACAGAAUCGAAGCUCGUCAGUCGAGCCCUCAAGUGAAGAAGUAACAGCAGUGCCAUCUCGAGUGACGCGUUCUGGACGCACAGUGAAACCUAAGAUCUUGAGUGAAUUUGAAUAUUAUUAA